AUAAUCUCGGAGUUACAUCGUCCUAAUUCGUCUGAUAGUCACCGAAUUUUUGGUCUCCGAUCAAGUCAAUGUCAGGAUUCACAUAUCAACUAAUGUUCCUCCUCCUUCUCGUCUCUGUCUCCUUGUCGCCGGUCAGGUGUUUAGGUAAUGAAGCAAGUAGUGAAGAGAGAACAUUGGCUAUGAUAAAGCCAGAUGGAGUCUCUGGUAACUACACUGACGAAAUUAAAAGGAUUAUCGUUGAGGCCAGUUUCAAUAUCGUCAAGGAGAUGCUUACUCAGCUGGACAAGGACACAGCUUCUGCGUUUUACGACGAGCACUCAUCAAGGAGCUUUUUUCCUGAUCUUGUUACAUACAUGACAAGUGGUCCGGUGUUGGUGAUGGUAUUGGAGAAGCGAAACGCGGUUUCUGAUUGGCGUGGUUUAAUCGGGCCAACAGAUGCGCAAAGGGCUAAGAUAUCUCACCCUCACAGCAUCAGAGCAUUAUGUGGUAAGAACUCACAAAAGAACUGCGUGCACGGUUCGGAUUCAACAUCAUCAGCUGAAAGAGAGAUAAAGUUUUUCUUCAAGGAUGUUGUUUCAGGUUUAGUUUCUUCACCCCUAUCGCUUCUUCAACUCUUGCGUCUUUCCUCGAUUCAAGUAUUAUCUGUUAUAACCACUGACCAACCAAACCCCAUUGUAAUGCCAGGUGACAUUACUUCACAACAACAUGACGAACUAUAAGAAAAGACCAAUACGGUUGUUUAUCCAUGGUGUGUUGUAAUCUUGUAACUGUUGGUUUAUCUUAUCUAUACUCAAUUAAUCAGAUACAUUGUU